CAUCUUUGCCCACCUCACAAAUCGGGCAAUCAAGAUCUGGGGGAAGCAUCUUCGCGGUUGAUCAUUUCCCGGUAGAGUUUCGUCAAGAUGCAGACCAUGACUUCCACCUUCCUGGGCUCUGCUCUUGAGGUCAAGGCCGCGCGCACCCAGCGCAAGGCCAGCCAUGUCGUUGAGGCAGCGAAGAAGGCCCCGGUGAAGACCGUGAAGAAGGCGGCUGCCAAGGCCACCAAGGCCGUCAAGAAGACCGCCUCGAAGGCAAAGUCUGCCUCCGGCGCAUCCUUCUGGUAUGGAGCCGACCGCCCGGGCUACCUCGGUGCCUUCACCAGGUCCCCCUCAUACCUCAACGGAGAGUUCCCCGGUGACUACGGCUGGGACACAGCGGGUCUGUCCGCGGACCCGGAGACCUUCUCCCGCUACCGCGAGAUCGAGGUUAUUCACGCUCGCUGGGCCAUGCUCGGUGCCCUUGGCAUUGUGGUUCCGGAGCUGCUGGACCAGACCAACCACGUGGCCUGGUUUGACGCGGGCGCGACCAUCUUUGGCCCCAAGGGCAUCCAGUACCUGGGAGUGCCAGGCCUCAUCAACGCCAAGAACAUCAUCGCAACCGUCGCCGUGCAGGUCAUCCUGAUGGGCGCCAUCGAGGGCUACCGUGUGAACGGCGGCCCGGCCGGCGAGGGUCUGGACAAGGUGUACCCGGGUGAGUCAUUCGACCCCCUCGGCCUCGCCGACGACCCCGACACCUUCGCAGAGCUCAAGGUGAAGGAGAUCAAGAACGGGCGUCUUGCCAUGUUCUCCAACUUCGGCUUCUUCGUGCAGGCCAUCGUCACCGGCAAGGGCCCCAUUGCCAACCUCAACGACCACUUGGCCAACCCCACAGUGAACAACGGCUUCGCCGCCGCCACCAAGUUCACCCCCUGAGCGUUUCUCAUGCAUGACUCAUCGCUUGUUUGGCAGAGGCAGUGCGCCAGUCUACAUCAGCUUGUCUAUUGGCGGGCUUCUCUAGGGUAGACGUUGUGCUGUAGCGAAUACAGUGGUAGGGACGGGUUCUGACGGUGUCUUGAGUGAAUCGAGUUGAGAAGAUGUAACACUGGUGGCGUGUUUAGCCGCCUGCCUUGCCUAUUGCGCAUGGCUGUGAGAUUCGUACUGACCUGUAACCAUUCACCCACAC